UUUCACUUAAUUUUAUUUUGUGAAACCAUGAAAACGUUUUGAUUUUGUGGAAAUUGCAAAGAAACAUUAAACUUCGUGGCCGCCGGCAUGUGCGUGUAUCUGCCGCGGACUAAAACCAUUUAGUUUAAAAAAAGUCUUGGUUGUGUUUUGGUUUUAAAUUUCUUCAACAAAAAAAUUCUGAGGUUUUCCUUAAAUUUUUCCCAAAUUGUGUUCAUAAUGGAACUUUACUGUUUUUCUUUCAAGGUGAAGCAUUGACAUAAUGUGACUCGACUUCCUGUGGUGUUUGGUAGUUAGUUUUCUAUUUUGGACACAAAUUUGGUCUAAAAUUAUACCUGAGUGCUAUAUCGUCAGAAAGGCGCUCAAAUUGCAUUAAUGGCGUCAACAAUAGUGAAGAAGCACAGACUGAAAAGCUCGCAAGCUUGACGUACGAUGCGCCCGCGCAGCCUUUCGAGCUUAUCGAGCCCAACUUGGAGCUUUAACUAGUGUCUCAUAGUUGCCUUCACCUAGGUCCAAUCUCUUUGUACAUAACACGUUUUUCCUGAGUGUGUGAGUGAAAGUGUAAAAACAAUGGAUAACACCGAAGUAGAAAAGACUUCUAGCGAAGACGCACAGCUUACUAGAAGUAGAAGUUUUAAAUCGAAGCAAUUAGUACGUAGCCAAGCAAUUCGCGAGUCUACCUCCCCCCCUCGUACAGCCUCACCUUACGAGCCUGGCAGCCCUGAGCAUGAAAAAGAGAAGGAACAUAACCGCUGCGUCACUAAAGUCAUUGAUGAUGAGAAGAUUCCAGUGCAGAUACAGAUAACCUCGGGCGGCUGGGAAGAAGGUUUCAGCGAGCAACGUCUCCGCACACGGCGAUGGUUGGGACAAAGACCGCAUUCGGACUCCUCGAGGGACUUUCUCUCAUAUAAUCCUCGUAUUACUUGCGUUUGUGGAAAGUGUGCUUGUCCACAUUGCAGGGGUAAACGAAAACACAUGUGCGCGAUUAAACAGGACUCUGGUAUAGUUUGCUCUGUGGACUGUCCCGACUGUUCUGAUCUUGACAAUAUUGGUGCAAAUGGAAAGUCUGGUAGUGUGGAUAAUGAUGAUCAGACAUUUUACUGCAGGUGUCCAGAACGUAAAGAAAAGCCGAAAACCCUAUCACUAAGCGGAAAUGAUGCAGACGACAAAACGGAUCUGACGGACCAGGAUUUGGUGAAUUUCCUGAGAGACACGCUCAACAAGAAUCCAAAGGACAGGAUCACAUUGUUGAAGGUUGAAAAGGAGUUGCACGCCCUUGUCAGCGAUGUUGGUCGUUGCAUAGUGCGGUUUCCGGUGAUGACGUCAUAUGGCCGUAUGUUGGUUCAUCGGGUGGCCGCGUUGUUUCAACUAGCGCAUCAUAUCGACCACGCUAACAAGACCUGCGUGGUCGUAUCUAAGAGCGGCACGAGUGGUGGUAGAAUCCCUUGCACCAGCUUCAAACAGUGGUGCACUCGAGUGUUCCCCAAGUCACCUCCAAGGAGACACGAUGAUACACUCGCUAAAUCGAUACUAAAACGCGCGGGGAACGUUUCGGAAUCGAGCGGUGGCGGUGCGGACGCGCCAAGGAGUAAGUCACUCGAGCAACGCGAAAGGGAUUACGAGAGAGCGAGACGGAGGAUAUUUAGUACGGACAACUGUACACAAGACGAGAGUCAAUGGCCGUGGCUUCCAUCUGGACCUGUCAAACUUCUAACACCUGAGGGCGGAAAGAAUAAACUUGUUAAGGUCCAAUCUCUUGAAUCCCGUGGCCAAGAGACGAAUGCCCGAGGGGCUGUGUCCAAAAGCCAUAGUUUCGGUGGAUACACGGCUGAACCACAACAGCCACGAUUACUUAGCAGACAAGGCGAUUUGGCCUCAAGUAGCUGGCGUUUAUCACCAUCCAGUUCUGGAUACAAAACGUUGAGUUUGCGUAGCACCGACUCCGUCACUCCUUCGCCAACAGGCGGUGCAAGUCCCGAGCCAGGCACCGAAGCCGCGACCCUCGUGUGGGCGGUGACUAACCUGUCUUCUGUACCACAGGGAGCUAUUGUUAUACAUCCACAGACAGGGCGCCCUCUAACGAACCCGGACGGCUCCAUAUAUCACUUCGAUCCGGCCAACCCACCCGUUAUUUACCAAGAUAAUGACAAGAAUGACGCAAAUGAAAAGCGAAGGGGAAAGUUGGAAAAGCAACAUUCGUUUAUGGUUACUGAAUGUGAAUGUUCUACGAACGAGUGCAGAAAAUGCUGUUGUGAGUGUAGACAAAAUGGUGGUCAGAAAUGUAACAGUGAUAAGACUACGCCGCCAGGAUCCAAAAACAGUUCAAUACCAAACAGUCCAGUAAAAGAAAUUGAACCGAUAGAAGUACCUCCAUCGCCUGAACCCAUACAAAUUCCAGAAACCCAAAAGGAGGCAAAACCUGUAUACGAAGUCCAGCCGCAGCGAAUGGAAAACCGGAUUGAUAAUUCAAAUUUCGAACAUCAAAAAUCUGUUGAUCACCAGAAACCGUACGAAACCCAAAAAUCGUUUGAAUCUCAAAAGUUUGAAUCCAAUUCGCCAACCAAUCAGAAGCCUUACGAGUCGCCCAAUCAGAGGGUCUAUGACUCGCCCAAUCAGCGGCCAGUGUUUGAAAAUAGAACGUUUGAGAAUCAUACAAAAGUACAGGAAGUUCAGUAUCAAAGUCAGGAAUAUAGUAGCUAUGGGCAAGGAUUUAGAAUGGAUGAGAUAACACCACCACCACAGGCUAUAGUGAAUUAUCACCAAGAUGUGUCAGAAACUCAAAUGAUGCAACAGAAUAAAAUUACACCCAUACCGAUACAGGAUCCUAAUAUCAGACCGGUCUCAAUAACAAAUAUGAUGUAUCCAACACUACCUCAACAUUAUCCUUUCGUCACUCCGUGUAGAAUGGACCAACAAAUGCAGCCACUGUACCAGCAGAUGCUGGGAGCAGAUGAUCAAAAGCACUUACCGCCGUCACCCCACACUGACAACACGUUUCGUAUAGAUCCGAGCUAUCCAUAUCCAACUGAGUUCAAUGCAUAUGGCGGAUGUCAAGAUCCCGCGCUGCAACGAGGGUAUAGUAUGGGCUACAGUCCAGUGGAAGUACCUACUAUGGUGCCUUCUUAUCCGGUCCCAAACGUUAUUCUACAGCCUCCCAUACAACACUAUCCGACGUAUCAAGAGCAAAUCCAAUGGCAGGGCAUCCAACCGCCCGUGCCUAUAGCCAGUCCGGCUGCGCCAAAAUUGAUGCUGCACGAUGUCUAUCCCAUGGUGUGUCCCAACAUUGGCUAUCAGCCGUACAACGUUGUAUAUCCACAGGUUCUACCGCAACCGUAUCCAAUAUGUCAGCCGGUUUACCCAAUAGUACCAGAAUGCAGGAACAACUUGACGCAGAGGAAACGCAACUCCCUACCCAACUCUUCUCGCAAUACGCCUCAAACCCCGCUAGAGAAGAAGGAAGAGACUGACUCGACGGAGAUAGCUGCUAAGAUACAGCAGAUUAAAGAACAGAUGGCGCAAAUGAAUACAAAAGAUAAGAGUGAGAGGAGAACAGACUGGAGAGCUAACAACGGAUCGGGGAUUCUGGGGAGUUAUCCCGCCAACUUUAACGGAAGAGUUAAUGGGAGGCCAAGCGACGAGGCGCAGCUGAGUUCGGCCGCUCGAGCGAUUGUCAAUUCAAUACGGAAUAUACAAGCGAAAAAUAAUUACAACGACAGAAAAUAUGACAAUAGACCGGACCAAAGACAAGAUUUCCGCUACAGAGGCCGAUCCGAGAGGGACGAGAAAGAUCGGACUGAAGGCCAGAGACCGGUUAUCCGGCCCGAGAGACUGGAUAGGGAUAGGAAUAGGGGGAUAUUUCGGGAUAACCCCUUCCCAAUGCAAUAUAGGCCACCUUAUUUAUUGCGACAGAUGUCACCUGGGGCGUGGUGCAGGCGAUCCCCAGGACCGGUCCAUCCAGUUUUAAACCCUCCGAGACGACCUCACCCGGAUAGAUAUACGCGGCGUUAGAUUAUAUAAGUUUUAUCCAAUAGGUUGAGGCGCUUUUUGAGAAUAUGUUUUUUUUUAAAUAUUAGUACUGAUGAUAUUUGUGUCACCAUGGUUACCAUUUUUAUUAGUCUUGUAGUAAACUAUCUUUAGCCCAUGUUUCACUAGAGAAUUUUAAGUUCUCCGAAAUGUUUGGAUUUUUUUUUUAAUAUUUAAUUAUUAAAAAUUGAAAUCUUGCGAUGUUCUUUCAUAGUAUCUUUUUCAUUUUGAAAAUUUGUAUUCGCAAAACGCGUCUUAACUCAAUAAAUGUUCAAACAUAUCCCUGUCCACUGUUUGUUUUUAUAGAACUUGCAAUAGUCGUUGUUACUAGACAGCUUUUUCUAAGUAGGAGACACGCGUGCGACAUUUACUCGUGCGACUUUUUGGUCGUUUUAAUAUCGUAAAAAAAAAUUUACGAUCUUAUGGAGCCGUAUUUCAUAUACGUGCAUUCAACGCUGGUGCUGUGCGUUAAAACGCUGGCUUUUCAUUGGACCUAUUAUACAAUUUACAUUACUACUGUGAAGGCAAAAACGCGGGGACUAAAGCAUACAUUUGUCUAUGGCUAAGAUUCCGAGUCUAACUAAAAUUUAUUGCUAUCAUUCCUAUAUGUCAAAAUCUACCACAUUUUUGACGUAUCCCCUAUAAGUACCACUAAAUACUAAAUCUCACCCUUAGAGUCAACCAGUUUAAUUCAAGUCCAAAGGAGUGAUAGACUUGAAUUUCUUAAUCGCAAUAGGAUUUUAGAAACUUAUUUCUCAAUGAAAACAGACCAUUCUUGUAAUUCGUCAAAGGGCUGUAACCAAUAAAGACACAAAUUGAAUAUUAUUUACAACAAAUACACAAUAGUCAAUAGUCGUUGAGUAAAUGUCGCACGUGUGUAAAAUACCUUAUAAUUGGUUUGCAAUGAAAACUAUUUAAGGGACACAAUUCCCUAUUUUGUUUCUAUUAAGUCGUAAAUGUGAAAUGAAUUAUGUCCCUUAACUAGUUUUGUGUAAAUAGGUAGGACAUUAGGUUUUUUAGUAUUUUUAUUAAAAGAGUAUUUUUGUUGUUCGGGGCUGCCUUCGGAAUAUAUUUAAUACGAAAAUUCUUUGUUCAUACAAAUUCUAAUGUAAACGGCCGAUUCUGUGCGUCCUUUGAGUAUAUAUUUACAUUAAAAAAAACGAUGACAAAUGUAAAGGACAAGUGACAGAGAAGUUCACAGAUAAUUAAAAAAUUAAGCUAUAAACUCAUGCAUUACAAUAAUCACCAAGGGAGGUAGAAGUAUUGUUUAAAAUUAUAUUUAUUUGGCAAUGACUAUUACGGUUAUUUAUGGUUUAAAAAAAAUUAUAUGUCGAUGAACGCUGGUUACAAUGUCCCCUCACUAGUACCAUUUAAAUUGUGUCCACUUUUUAAAAUAAAAAGCAGAUAAUAUUUAUUGGUCAGUACUACUCAGACCGUUUGCAGCAACGGAAUCGGUUGAUAGAGAUUCCUCACCUCAAUAAAAGAUAUUUGGUAUUCGCUUCUGAUGAGGCUUUUAAGCCAAGCCAGGAGAAGCAAUCUAAGAUUAAUUCAGAGGCGAGACUAGAAGUUGUUUUGGUUUUUAUUUCAAAAUGUUAGGUUUGCUCACGGUAGUCAAGCCUCACAAGCACAACAUCGGGAAUUUGCGUAAUUUAUUCGUAAUAAUUUCUUUUACAUGGACCACAUUUCAAAAUGUAAUCUAAUAAGCUCGAGUAAGAUUUGUUUGUUACCAUAAAUCUCGCGGCGUUGAAAAUGCCGCGUCCAUCGCUAGAUCUCAUGACGGAAUACCUAGUCAUUACAUUACAUUUUAGUUUUAGGUUGUGUUAAAUAGUCCUACUGGAUCUUGGAUGAACGGACAUCGCUCAUGGUUAACCGACAAAAAUAAUGAAGAAAGUUAUUUACGCCAUAUCUGGGAAAUUACUGGGUAGAAGUGCAAAUUUAAUGAGAGCCCUGAAAACAAAAGCGCCAUACAUUUAAUUGGAAUACAUCAUUACAUAUGAAGAUCCCAGCCGUGUCUCAACUGGUGGCAAACAAAUGAGCGUUGUUCAUUCACCAAACAAAUUAAGGUGCGCGGCAUAAGCCAUGGGAUUUGAAAUCGUUUUAUUAUUCGUGAGGAUGGUAUUUUGGACGAGACUUAACGAUAAGUAUGACUCCCGUAUGUCAACGAAAACUUUCGACGUACGGAAUUCAGUUUGCGCCGUCUCGUUUCUGUAUGGCAUCCAUAGACUCGUCACAGAUUUGAUUGGUGGCUCGUCUGAGCGGACUUUAACAUGCGGUACUUAAUAAGACAUUAUUUAAUAUUUUUUGUUAGAGAUUUCAAAUAGCCAUAUGCAAACUGAAAACGGUUUGCAAUAUUAAUAAGUUGAUUCGCACGAUAAAUGUACAACUUACGUUGCUACGUUGUAUAUAUAAGUGAAAAUACAUAUAUUUAUGUUAACUAGAGUUGUGGUGUCUGCGCAAACUUAAGUUUUCGUUAUAUUUUUAGAUUCUAUAUUAACUGCAAUAGUAUUAUUCGGCUGGCUUAUUUUUGUUCAAAAAUAAAAGUACAUUUUUGGUAUUAAAAUAUUAUUUUCAAGUUACUAGUGAUGCUAUAACAAUAAUAAUUAUUGUACCUGGUUAAGAAAUAUAUUUUCGUGUUACGUUGUGAUUCAGUGUCCUACUUGUAACUCAAUAGAUUAUAGAAAAUAUGAGGUUAAGUUUGUCUACUACCACAAUGACACCUGUCAAAUACCAAAUACUGACAUUGACAGAUGCUCGUCUGACUAAGGCAAUGUCCCGUAGAGUAUAUUAUUUGUAAGAAAGUUUAUUGUGACGGUAGAGUAUAUAAUUGUUAAUAUUAAAGAUUUUAGCGUAA